AUGGAUAGAUUUAACCUUCUCCCAGCAGAGAUUACAUCGGAUAUUCUCACUCGUUUACCGGCUGAAUCAGUUCUAGACUGCAAGUUAGUAUCCGAAACAUGGAAGAAUGUUAUCCAACAUCGAUCCUUCUCUAAGUUGCACACAAUUCGUCUCCUCAAUCAUUCUGCAACAACUUAUUCUACAGAUUUUUGUAAGUUGAGUUUUCUUGCCUUUACAGAUGUGGGACGACUAUACUAUUUUGAUUAUAUCGAGAAUCACGAGAUACCCAAUAUCGACAGAAUUAUGAGGAUCAAUUUAACAUCUCCAUUUAAGUAUAAUGUUUUUGUUGGUUCCUUUAAUGGCUUGAUAUGUCUUAGGGGUAGGGAAGAGAGGUUCUGUAUUUAUAAUCCAAUUACAAAAGAGUAUGUUAUCCUCCCUCAACCUAAGAUCAAUUUUCGUCAGUGCAAGGAUAGGUGCAUCGGAUUUGGUUAUCUUCCUUUAACCAAUGAGUACAAAGUUGUUUUGAUGUAUAAGGUUCCCAAUUUUGUAGAGGUCAUGGUGUACACUCUUGGCAAUGGUAGUGGUUGGAGAAACCUUGGAAAGUUUAAAAUUGAACUGGGAUAUGCUUAUGCUUUCGAAGUACAUGGUAUCUUUGCGAAUGGAGAUCCUCACUGGAUUCACAGACGAAGAACGAUAUUUCUGGUCUUUGAUUUGGCAGGUGAAAAGUUCCGCAAACAUCUUGCACGACCUCCUUUGACAAGAGGCUGCAGUUAUUCAGAUUUUGGAGUUUUGGGUGGGUUUUUAUUUUGUGCACACAGACGUUAUGAUUCAGUCAGUCAAAAAUUUAUCUGUUCUAAAUUUUGGCUGUAUAAACAGAAGAACGGUAACUGUGAGUGGAGUCAAAAUUUUACUGCUAUAUGUACCGCACCGUUAGCAUUUACAAAGAGUGGCGGUAUCUUCAGUUACAGUUCUAGCUAUCUCAACUCCCUUAAAAGGCUGUUGGGUUCUAAUGAACAAUUUGUUCAAAUAUUCUCUCACAAGAACUCGUUAGUUUCAUUGAAAGAUCUAGGAGAAGAAGGUUCAGAAAUAAUGCAGCAGUCAGUUAAACUUGAGAAGCGAAAACGCUGUGAUUAG